CAAUUGUCUUUGUAAAUUAAUUCACAAGUUAAUUGCCGGGGCCCAAAAGAUUUACACUGGGGCACGUGCCCUAGUAAAAGGGGUCUAGCGACGCCCCUGGCUGGCAGGGAAUGAGUUAAACGCCCCCUAUUGACCAGCCGCCACUGCAUUUAAGCAUGUUUUUUUUAUUAACUUUCUUUCUUCAACCAGACAAGGGAUGCUGUUUACUUAGUGUAAAUAGAGGAGACACUCCGUCAAAGAAAACACCCAAAACACUAGAAACCUGAUACAUGGAAAUGCAUGUAAAAUACAUUUAUGUAUUUGUUCAGUAACUUAAAAAUAUCACAUACAUAAAAAUGUGCUUCCUACGUCAGAAUAGAUCCAUAUUAAAAUGUAUCAAUUAAACAGUGUGUUUUUUGCUUUGUAUUUAUAAAACAUGUUAUAAACAAAUUGUGGAAUAAGGAAGAAAAACAUAUGCACAAGAUUAUACUUUACAAAUGUGGACAGAUGUGUUUUUUAUGUAAAAGAAGCCACAGGAAGGGGAACAAGUCUCUUGAGGCAUGUUAUGAGCUAUAAAAAUACUAGCAUGUAGGGAUGCACCAAAGUACUUCAGAAGUAUACCAGAAGUACUACAGUGCAUAUCAUCUGGAUUUUCUUAUGAGAAUCACAGAAGAGUUUUCAUUAAUACAAUGUUUCUAGCAUUUGCCUGAGGUUUAAAGAUUACUGGAUAAAUAUAUAUAUAAAGAUGUGUUUAAGUUAAAAAUGUCAAAAACUACAUUUUAACUUUGUCUGCUCUUUUCCUUAGGUCAAUAACAGCAUCCUGUGCGUAAUGGAUAAUAACACAAAUUUUUACUUCAUGUUGUUUGAAAAUCUUGGGUAUAUAAGAUAUGCUUUGUUCACUUUGGGGUUUGUUUUAUACUGUGUGAUCAUAAUCCUAAACGUCCUUAUUAUUCUUGCUAUAUGUUUGGAAAGGACAUUACACCAGCCCAUGUACAUUCUGAUUUCAUGUUUGUCCAUUAACUCUGUGUAUGGUACAGCUGCCUUUUUUCCAAGGGUGUUGUCAGACUUGCUGUCUGAUACACAUUCAGUCUCCCAUGCUGCUUGUCUUUUACAGGCUUCUGUCAUCUUCUCAUAUGCAGCAAAUGAGUUCACAAUAUUAAUGUUAAUGGCAUUUGACAGAUUUGUUGCUAUCAGUAAACCUUUACAUUACCAUAACAUAAUUACUUCUAGGUUUCUAAUUAUUUUAAUUGUUGUAAACUGGAUUUAUCCAAUGCUUUGUCUUGGUAUUGGUGCUAUUUUAACUGCCAAAUUGACAAUGUGUGAUAACAGAUUGUGGAAAGUGUACUGUCACAACUACGAAAUUGUUAAACUCUCUUGUGUGAAUUCUAUUCUUUUGAAUAUUUGGGGCUUUUUGAUUCUUUUUAUAAAUGCGGUUAUUCCUUUAAUAUUAAUUUUAUAUUCGUACAUUAAGAUUCUUAUCAUUUGUCAAAGAAGCUCAUCAAAAUUCAAGAGGAAAGCUUAUCAAACUUGUAUUCCGCACUUGGUUAUUCUUUUAAAUUUUUCAAUUGCCAUUGUUACUGAAGUCACCUUGAGUCGGAUUGUGAAUUUACACAUUCCUAAAUGGCUGUCAGUUGCUCUUUCAUUGGAGUUUAUAAUUGUACCACCCAUCCUUAACCCACUUAUUUAUGCUUUAAAUUUCACCAAUAUUCGGAGAAGAAUUAUUCUUCUCCUAAAGGCAUCCAGGUAGAUGCGUUUCCACUGUGAUUAAUGUCACAUAAGGUUUAUUGAUUGAUUGAAUGGUAAAUCUGGUAAAUCAUUUGGUAAUUUCAAGAAGAAUCCCAUAUAAUCUUUAUAAAAGAAACCAUCGAAACAUAAAAUUUGUAGAACCGUGCAAUGAAGUAUUUGAUCUCCUAUUUUCAAAAUGUAUACUUAUGCAUGCCCUUUGAGUUUAAAAUAGAAUACAAAUAGUAAAUGUAUAGUUUUACUUAUUAUGCAAGUGUAAAGUGUAUUAAAUCUGCAUCAGCAUUACUAUCACUGUUGCUUCAUGAAUAUUUAGUUUAGAUGACAAACUACCAAACUAAGUUCGUUCCUAUAAAAUUUUUCUGUGUAAGGUUUUGUCUUGUAUUUUUCUGUAUUUUGUGUAUUUUUGUUAUUUGUACUUGUAUUUUGAUAUCCUGCUCUGUUCUGACUUUUAUUUUGAAAAUCAUCAUGCCAUGUCACGCUUCACACUUCCUGUUUGUUUUUGUAUAUAAGUCACUUCCUGUUCACCUGUUCCUGGCUGAUUAAUGCUUAGCCCAACCAACCCGUUUCCCUGUACUCUGUUUCCUGUAGUCUGUUAUUUGUAUUCUGCCUGUUUAUCUGCCUGUGUUUGACCGGUACCUGUUUACUUGGAUUUUUGAUUGAACUCUGCCUGCCUUGACCUUGUGCCUGUUUUGGAUUACGUUUUUGGAUCACCCUUAUUGGAUAUGUUUGCUGGCCCUUUUUGGGAUUUUUCAAAUAAACACCUUUUGCAAAUGGAUUCACUUACUUCAUCGCUUUCUUCAAAGCACCAAAUGUUACAUUCUGUCAUAUUUUGUUAUGUGAUAUAACCUGUUUUACACACAUUUACUGAUAGAUUUAUAUUUAGGAGCAGAAUAUCAAAAUAAUCAGAAAUGUUUUUAUUUGUAGUGAUAUAGU